AUGGCCAUGAAUUGGGCGAUUGGGGAGAUGGCGAGAGCGGACUGGGUGAGUGAGGAUGGAGGUGAACAUGUGAAAGUGAGGAAAGGUGAGGGAAGCAUGGGUGGACAGGAAGAGGGAAGGUACAGGGAAGGUGAGACUGAGAGAGAAGUAAAGGAGAGAGGAGGAAGGAGGAGAGAGGAGAGAGCGAGAGAGAGAGAGAGGAAGAGAGGAUGGGAGAGAGUGGAAGAGAGGAGCCCAGCCAUAAAUGGGCCGAAUGGCUCAGUGGCUAACACGUUCGAUCACAAGGCAGAAGAGCAGAGGCCCAAUACCAUGGGUGGCAGCGUGAACGGAUCAAAGAAAAUAAAAGGAAGGGUCAGCACCACCAAGUUGUGGUCGAAUGGUUCAGUGGAUAAGGUGUUCGUUUACAAAACAAAGAGUGGAGGCUCGAGUCUCGGGGUGGUAAGGAGCGAUCAUAUACAGGCCAAAGACAGGCCGAAUGGCGAAACGGGUAACGCGUUCGGCCAAGGAACGGAGGAAUCCCAGCUCGUAUCCCGCAGUGGCAACCGGACCGGCCAAACAACCUGCAUGGUGCAAAUGAGCUACCGCUCUAGUUACUGA